CCUUCUCACCCCUACCUGCUGAGUAAACUUUUCUCCCACCUCUCACAGGCCAUGGAUUCAUCAAUUGUCCUCUUCCUGGCUGUGCUGGCUCUUCUCCCUGAGCAGACACACGAUCACCAGAUUGAUGUGGUCACAGCCCAGCGGAUGAAGGAGCGUGAGGAAUUUCUGCAUCAUCAGAUGACACGGCUGUGGGAGGAUGUUGAGCGGAUCAGGACCUUGGAAGAAGACUCCCUCCUUUUCCUGUUGCAGCACUGGCUCUUUUGGGCAGUUGCAGUAGCUGAGCUCGCUGUGCUCUGCUGGCUGGCCUGGCAAAUGAAGGUUGCCUCUCACAGCUGCCGUGAGCAGGAUAGCUCUAGCAGUGAGAAGCAGGAGGAAGACAAGGACGAGGAGGAAGCAGACCUCAGUGAAGCACACAGAUUUAUGCUCAGGCCCACCCUGUCACCAACACAGGAAGUGCCCGACCUGUGCAGGAAUCUGAAGCAUCUCGUCCAUGAUCUCCUGUUUAUCAGCCGAGAGUUUUCCCAGAGGACUUCCAUGCCAGAGAUGUACCCAGGCAUUGGGGUGGACGGCUCUCUUGAAUCCUGGAGUGUUAACCCCCAGUAUCGAAUCUUUUACCAGCUGGUUGUGGUCCUGCGGCCACCCUGUGGGCACUCCUUCAUCGUGGAGCGAGACGCCACGCAGCCAGAGAGGUGCUCUGAUAUACAUGUGAAGCUGGAGUGCACGUGCUCAAGUGAGCACAGGAUGGAAUACAACUUGUGUUUUCUCCAUCCCGCUGACAAACGGCUACCACUGGAUCAGAGGUCACCUCUCCUACGCACCCUCUGCAUAGGGUCCUACUUAAAUGUGGAGAAAACCGCCCGCUGGGCACAGAAUUUGCUGAAAACAGCUUGGUGGCGUUUGCCUCAGUGGCCCCGCCGCCAUCUAUGGGUGAUGCACUCCUCCUGGACCUGCAGGUUCCUCGUGAUCAGCCCCUCUGAGAGGCAAACCUGCACAGAGAUGUAUUUUGUAGUGCAGCAAGGCAGCCCAGGCAACUACCUGGUCCUGCAGUAGGCAGUGGUCAGCUUUCCCACUCUGCUGCUUUAGGCUACUCUGUAUAGUCAGUUUAGGGGUGCAUCUACUGCAUGUAUUCACCACAGAGCCACCUGCUCUGCCCCCUUCCCUUCCCCGCUACCCUGGUGGAAUGGGGAUGAGACUCCAAAGUAAAACUUUAGUUAAGUUUAAUAGUAAUAAGUUUAGUUAUAGGUUUAUAAUAUUAGGAAUAAGUAGAAUGUUCUCACAAAGUGUGUAGUAGUCACAGUUAGCUUAGUUAGAAGGGGAUAGAAAAGUUAUUAGUUGUGUAGUUAUCCAGUAUAAGAUAGGCAGCAAAGGGUAAAUAUGCAGUAACCUCCACUUUGAAAAUAUUGGGGACCCUCAAAGCCCCUAAUGGGCAUGUAAUGGGGCAAAUUCAGUAGGCAUCUCGGGACGUCUGUAACCCCAGAGUAUCUCAACUUUGAAGAAACAGGGAGAGACUUGCAUUUCGG